AUCCAGUGCCCCCACGCCUCCACGCCCAUCCAGUGCCCACGCCUCCACGCCCAUCCACUGCCCCCACGCCUCCACGCCCAUCCAGUGCCUCCACGCCCAUCCAGCACUGCCGGAGGAACAGUGGAAGAAGUACCAGCUGAUGACCGGAGAAAGCAGGGAGAGGCUGGAGUGCCGAGGGGUGCCGCUGCGGUGCCUGGACGAGGCGGCCCGGGAGGAAAAGCACCAGGCCGAGGAGAUGAAGAGGGACAAUGCUGACUUGGUGGACAUGAACCGGAUGGGCAAUGCGCUGCACCAGGCCAGCUUCAUCCUAGUCAGCACAAGCUGUUAUGCCCACACUGACCCCGGCCACUAUGUCCCCGCUGAGCUGAAUCUGCUGCGCUUCAGCCUAAGGAAUGGAAUCAUGAAGUUGUUUCACUGUGUUGUUGCGCGCCUCGGACAAAGCCUGCUGGCUCUUGGGGGGGUGCCGAUGGAUGGGAAAGGUCGUGCAGGCCUGGACGACAAAACCAUGGGAGGAGGAGGAAGACUUUCCCUCGCUUGGCUCUGAGCAGGCCAGGAAAGGUACAGUGCUUAUUGUUUCUUGCAUUCACCAACUUGUAGUAUUUGACUUCAUUUAAUAUUGAACAUUUUACAUAUUUAUUUAUUUAUUUUACAACAAAGGAGACAGCUCAAGGGCGCACAAAAAAGGAAACAAUAAUAAAAAAAGCCCACUACUUGCUGCUCCCAAAUAUACACCGGGUAUUCCAUACGUGCAAAUCCGCUCCUAUGCGACUAACCUAAAUGUGCCAAGUAUUGGUUUUAUGCGAGAAAAAGUCACUAUUAUGGGAGUAUCGGCGCUGGUGCUGGUGAGGUUUGGUGACACACUAGAGGGCGCAAAUGUUUCCUGCACUUUCCUCGUCUAUAAUUAACCUUUUCCUCCCUCUGAUCCUAAAGUUAAUCCUCAGGUACUAGCUAAUUAUCAGCCUAAACCAUAGACUCUGGGUGUGUCUCCCCGGAAGCAAUCAAUGUGCUUUAUUGUUGCUGAAGUGCUUUGUUAUUGUGAAACGGUGCCGGAAUAAAUAGUUAAGAGAGUUCCAAAACGGGUCGUGGAACAUAACCCCUUAUUGGGAUGAUAACCUCCAUAUAUGGGAAUUCACAUGAUGCGAGCUGCUUGCAGAACGUAACCCUCACAUAUAAUGGAUACUGCCUGCUGUACUGGAUUUGAGGGCAUUUUAUAUUGGGCAUUUUCCAUAUAUACUUCUGUCAAGCCAUGGAUGCUCUGCUCUGCCUAUUUCAACUCUUUCAAAGCGUCCGCACCAAAAUACAGUGAACCCUCGAUAUAACAGACUAAUUGGGGGAGACUUUAGUCCAUUAACCCGGUGGUGGUAGCAGCGGGGAUCAUGUUUCUUAAUGGUCCCUCCAAGCGAGAAAAAUGAGAAAAAAUCGCCCCUCACACAAACCGUUUCGUAAUAGAUAUCAAAGCAUUUGUGAUCAGAUUAUAUAUCAUUUAAUUUUGGGGGUUUAUAUCAUGGCACAAAUUUGGCCCGUUGCUGCUACACGGUAAAGCCACAAAUUUGGCCCGUUGCUGCUACACGGUAAAGCCACAAAUUUGGCCCGUCGCUGCUACACGGUAAAGCCACAAAUUUGGCCCGUCGCUGCUACACGGUAAAGCCACAAAUUUGGCCCGUCGCUGCUACACGGUAAAGCCACAAAUUUGGCCCGUCGCUGCUACACGGUAAAGCCACAAAUUUGGCCCGUUGCUGCUACACGGUAAAGCCACAAAUUUGGCCCGUCGCUGCUACACGGUAAAGCCACAAAUUUGGCCCAUCGCUGCUACACGGUAAAGCCACAAAUUUGGCCCGUCGCUGCUACACGGUAAAGCCACAAAUUUGGCCCAUCGCUGCUACACGGUAAAGCCACAAAUUUGGCCCAUCGCUGCUACACGGUAAAGCCACAAAUUUGGCCCGUCGCUGCUACACGGUAAAGCCACAAUUUUGGCCCGUCGCUGCUACACGGUUAAUGUGCUGAAAUUCCGAUAUAAGUGGUGAAAAAAAAAACGUAAAAUAAUUGUUAACCUUACCACCAGUUCAUCUCCCUACAGUUCCCUUCCCUGCCCCCACCUUUACCCUCCUCCUCGCCUCGGGGGGCUUCGUGGUGCAGUGGUUAGCACUCUCGGCUCACAACCGAGAGAGCCCGGGUUCGAUUCCCGGGCGGAGUGGAAAAAUUUGGGCGGCUUUUCUGGUACCCUACGUAGCCCCUGUCCACCCAGCAGUGUACCAGGUAUUAAUCAGGGGUUGUGUCCCGUCUCCUGGGGUCUGUUCCCUUCUCCUAUAAUUCCUUCCCCUUCUGUCUCUCUUCGGCAUAUGACCACAGAUAUUGCGCCGACUAAACAAAACAUUUCGACUGCCACACACAUUUGACCAGCCUUUCCUAGGAGUUGUGGGCAUUUCCAGGGGUAGUUUUGUGACCCUGGUGGUAGUGUGACCCUUCCUCUGUAUUGUGAACCUAUGAAAACACAUAUUUGGCCAGGCUUUCCUAGGAGUUGUGGGCAUCUCCAGGGGUAGUUGUGUGACCCUGGUGGUAGUGUGACCCUUCCUCUGUACCAUGAACCUAAGGGAACACACAUUUGCCAAGGCUUUCCUAGGAGUUGUGGGCAUUUCCAGGGGUAGUUUUGUGACCCUGGUAGUAGUGUGAACCUUUCUCUGUACCAUGAACCUAAGGGAACACAUAUUUGAACAGGCUUUCCUAGGUGUUGUGGGCAUUGCCAGGGGCAGUUUUGUGACCCUGGUUUGACCAUUCCUUUGUACCAUGAACCUAAAGAAACACAUAUUUGACCUGGCUUUCCUAGGUGUUGUGGGCAUUGCCAGGGGCAGUUUUGUGACCCUGGUGGUAGUUUGACCAUUCCUUUGUACCAUGAACCUAAAGAAACACACAUUUGACCAGGCUUUCCUAGGAGUUGUAGACAUUUCCCGGGGUAGGUGUGUGACCCUGGCAUAGCUGGGGGUUAUCGUGAUAAGUUAUCGCGAUACUUUAUCGCUGAUAACAAAAUCGGGUUAUCGGCCAUCUGCUACUUAUUUAAGUAUUUAUCGAUAUCUUCGUUACUUUUGUAACCAAACUAGCGAUAAUCAAUACUUUUUUCUAAUCACUACUUUUUUACUAAUCGUUGUCUCCUCCCUACACGUGGUGCCCGGUGUUGUUUGAAAAACCUUUGGGGCAUGAAAUAUCUUCAGUGAAGAGAUUUCAUACUUAGAUCAUCAACAUUAAAACACUAGCUUAUUUUUCAUGUUAGACUCAAUAAUCAAUAUAUCAAAGAGAAAAAUCAUUUAACUUUGCCCAAAAAAUUAUUAACUGCCUCAAAUUUGAUAUUCCAUAUUCAUUUGUGAUCAUGCCCUGGUAUUGAAGGCACCCAGUGUUGUGUUAUUUGGUGUCCCAUCGUCAAAAGCAAGCGCUUUUGUUUACAAACACUGGUCUCUUGUGAACUGCGCAUGUUCAGACCAGUAAGCGUAGCCCUGUACAGUCUCACAAAGC